CCAUACAGCAGUGGGCAUUCUCCACUUCCCUGACUGGGCAGUAACUGAAAAGAUUAGAGACAGUGGGUGGGAAGCUUUUCAGACGUAUCAUGAUUGUGAGGUCAUGGAGAGGUGAGGAAGCCAAUCUCAGUACAUCCAGCUUUUCAGAGAAGAUGGCCAAAGGGAGGCAGUUCAACCCACCUUUGGACAAGGUUGGAAGAUGGUUCCCUCAUGUUGGACUGGUGCAGAAGACGCCGGAAUCCGUCACAAGCACUACCCUGAAAGAAAUCCGCUGUCCGUACUUGUCUCAGCAGUUGGAGAGGAAGCUGCCACCGAUAUACAAAGUCCGAGAAAAACUAGCAGCAAACAAAUGCUUCCCCUUCUCUGUGCAUGACAAUCGCUACAGCUUUGAGAACUCUGGAUACUAUUUUGACUCUGGCUUGGGACGAAAGAAGAUCUCCCCUGAUAAAAGGCAACACCUUUCUAGAAAUUUCAAUCUCUGGGCCUGUGACUAUAUCCCAUCCCAGUGUGAUGGUCUUUCAAAUAACCAAACAUCAUAUGUGCAUAAGGAAGCCGCGGUAAUCUCAACUUUCCGACGUUUUCCUAGAUGUUACGAGGAAAGAUGGAGUGCCUUCAAGUUUGUUCCCAACCAAAGUUCUACAGAGUCUUUGAAAAACAAGUCAAAUAAGGAGUUUUCUGUUGACACAAAGGCUGCCUCUCCACAGGAGCCCUAAUCCUUCCAGAAGAUUCUUGAUGAGGUUUGUGAUGUCAUCUCAUCAGGCACUCACAAAGUAUAUGUCUCUGAACCAACACUUUUGUGAUUUUAGUAAGGUUGAAGAUAUUCAAAUUCUUACCAAGCUGUGUGUGGCUAUAUGUACCUGUAAAUAAACUGCUAAGAUUGUCACGUU